AAGUCGACAUCUUGUGUGCUAAAAAAGUUAGCACAAAGCGUAGAAUCAAAGGCAUUAACAUUACAUAAACCAAAGAGAAAGUGACAAAUGAGAAAACAUGACACUUUUAAAAACCAAUUGGCCCCAUCAAUCCAUCACUCUGUGACUAUCUGUCUGUCUUCCAGCAAGUGAGUGAACAACCUUUACUCAAACCCUUAAAAAAGAAACAAACUUUGCUAAAACAAAACAACCUUAGAAUCAUUCUGUAUCUACAUCCCAAAAUGGAGAAGACCAUGAUUCUGUCUUUUCUCCACCUCCUUCUUCUCCUUCUCCCAAAUCCAGCAAAAGCUGCCAUUGGUAUAGCCAUUGGUGUUGGCAUUGGCAUUGGCAUUGGCAAUGGCAAUGAUGGUCCUAACAUCCCAGGAUCUUCAGGAUCAUCUGUGUCAAAUCUAAACAAUGCCUACAAAGCUCUUCAAGCUUGGAAAUCUUCAAUCACUGAUGACCCUUUAAAGAUUUUAGAUACAUGGGUUGGUCCUAAUGUUUGUUCUUAUAAAGGAAUCUUUUGUGACACUACUAGUAAUACUCCUUUUGUUGCAGGAAUAGAUCUCAACCAUGCAAAUCUCCAAGGAACACUUGUUAAAGAACUCUCUUUACUAUCUGCUAUAACACUUCUCCACCUCAACACUAAUAAAUUUUCAGGUACAGUUCCUGAAACAUUCAAAGACUUCAUAUUUCUUCAAGAACUAGACCUUAGCAACAACCAACUUUCUGGUUCUUUUCCUAUAGUUACUUUAGACAUGCCAAGUUUAAUUUACUUAGACCUUAGAUUCAACAACUUCAAAGGGUCACUUCCAGAAGAGCUUUUCAACAAGAAACUUGAUGCAAUAUUUCUCAACAACAAUCAAUUUAGUGGUGAAAUACCUCAAAGCUUUGGUAACUCACCUGCAUCAGUGAUCAAUUUAGCUAACAACAUGUUGAGUGGAAACAUUCCCACAAGCUUUGGUUUCAUGAGUCCUAAACUAAAAGAGAUUCUUUUUCUUAAUAACCAGUUAACAGGUUGUAUACCUCAAGGUGUUGGUAUAUUCACAGAAGUGCAAGUUCUUGAUGUGAGUUUCAAUUCACUUGUAGGUCAUUUGCCAGAUACAAUAUCAUGUUUGCAAGAUAUUGAAGUUCUUAAUUUGGCACAUAACAAUCUUUCUGGUGAUAUAUCUGAUGUGAUAUGUUCAUUGAGAAGCUUGUUGAAUCUAACUGUUACUUCUAAUUUCUUUUCUGGGUUUAGUCAAGAAUGUUCAAGGCUUUUCAAUGUUGGUUUUGAUUUUUCAGAUAACUGCAUUCCUGGUAGGAAUAUGCAGAAACCUCAACCUGAGUGUUCAGUGAUCCCUGGUGGUAAUUUGAAUUGUCUUAGAAUUCCUACCCCAAAACCUCUUAUUUGUGGUACUUUGGCUGCAAGUACUUCUAAGUACACAAAUAUUCCUUCAUCAUCUCCAUGAUGAUAGCUACUGUUUUAUUUAGUGGUAGUAGUGACAUUUUUAUAGAUUAUAUUAGUUAAUGCUACCAAUUUAAUCCAUAUAGCCUGUUAAGUUUACUUUAUUUUUUUAAUUUUUGUUACACAUAUUAUAUUAGUGAGCUAUACUUGGUUCACGGAUAUGAUCUGCCUUGAUUUUGUGGGCAGUAGAGUUGUGUGUUUUUUAUGAUGUAUAAUAUUUGUGCCACGUGACAUGCUUAUUGAUCUUGUUACUUUAAUCUGUUCAAGUAUGAUGGGUUGUUUAGAUUACACCUUCAGAAUCAGAUUCAUUCCCCCCCAUAGGAUAAGUUCCUAUUCGAUUGCUUGUGACUUUUGAGUGGUAAUACUUGAUAACAAUGUAAGUUGCCAAGUGUGUGUUUGCAUUUGCAAUGACAAAAAUUAAUUUUGAA